UUCUCAGUGAUUGCACAGGCAACCGCUGUUUUGGAUCCAUUGGCUUUAUUGUCGAAAGAUCGUUUGAUUUUUGGUAAUAAUUUCUGUAUUAAUUUAUCAGGGAUCAUACAUACAUAGAAAGAUUACAGAAAGACCAAGCAGAAGCAGAAGCAGAAGCAGAAGCGGAAGGAGAGAUGGACAUAACGGAGGUGUCGAUACUACAUCACGCGGGCAUUGUGCUUCUUGCGCUUUGGUUGCUUUCGCUCUUCAAUCGAUGCCACCCGAUCGCUUAUUUCUUCUCUUUCAUCUACUUGUACCUGGUUCAUGAGCGGUACGUGAUGCGAUUGAGGAGGAAAUUGCAGUAUGAAGAAAGAAAACAAGCAAAUCGGAGAAGGGUACUCACUGAUUCUGAGACAGUUAGGUGGCUCAACCAUGUAGUGGAAAAGAUGUGGCCCAUAUGUAUGGAACAGAUUGCUUCGCAGAAGAUUCUGCUCCCAAUUAUUCCUUGGUUCUUGGAAAAAUACAAACCAUGGACUGCUAAAAAAGCUGUAGUUCAGCACCUUUAUCUAGGUAGAAAUCCACCUGUGUUUACAGAAAUGAGAGUUCUCCGAUCAACUGGUGAUGACCACUUGGUAUUGGAGUUGGGAAUGAAUUUCCUUACCGCAGAUGACAUGAGUACGAUCCUUGCUGUGCAAUUAAGGAAAAGACUAGGAUUUGGAAUUUGGGCAAAGUUGCAUUUGACAGGCAUGCAUGUUGAAGGGAAGGUCUUGGUUGGGGUAAAGUUUCUACGGGAGUGGCCUUUCCUUGGCCGCUUGCGCAUAUGCUUUUCGGAGCCACCGUAUUUUCAGAUGACUGUGAAGCCUAUCUUCACUCAUGGGCUUGAUGUUACUGAACUUCCUGGGAUUGCUGGAUGGCUGGAUAAACUUUUGUCGAUUGCAUUUGAGCAGACUCUUGUUGAGCCCAAUAUGAUGGUUGUUGAUUUGGAGAAAUUUAUUUCACCACAGGCACAUGAUAGUUGGUUCUCUGUGGAUGAGAAGGAGCCUGUUGCAUAUGCCAUAGUUGAAGUUAUCGAAGCUUCUGAUAUGAAGCCAUCAGAUUUAAAUGGAUUGGCCGAUCCAUAUGUGAAAGGGCAAGUUGGCCCUUACAGAUUCAAGACAAAGGUACAAAAGAAAACUUUGGCCCCAAAAUGGCUUGAAGAAUUCAAGAUCCCUAUCUGUACGUGGGAGUCAACUAAUGUGCUAGCCAUUGAAGUUUGUGAUAAAGACCAUUUUGUUGAUGAUACCCUCGGGGACUGUUCGGUCAACAUCAGUGACCUGAGGGAUGGCCAAAGACAUGACAUGUGGUUGUCUCUUCAAAGCAUUAAAAUGGGGAGAUUGCAUCUUGCGAUAACCGUGCUUGAAGACAGUGCAAAUACUACACUCGAAAACAAUGCAAAGGGGGGGAUUUCUGAUCCAUAUGAUAAGGAAAUGUUAAACAAGGAAGAUGCAAAGAACUCUUUUUCGAGCGAGACUGCUCAUACAGCUUCCUUCUCAUCUAUAUCUUCAGAUAAGGCUCCAAGAGUUCCAGACAAUUUUGAACCUAUCAACAUUGAAGGACAAAAUGAGACAGGAAUAUGGGUUCAUCAACCGGGCAGUGAGGUGGCACAAACUUGGGAGCCCAGAAAAGGGAAGAGCAGGCUUGGUGAGGCUAUUGGCGGAUCUAAUCCAUUUGCAAGUGGAUCCAUUAACAAUGAUUCCAGUAGUGGAGAUGAAAAUAGGGAGGGUAAAAAUCUAGCAAGAUCUUUAAAGCGAAGAUUUCGAAAGAUGAGCGCUGUAUUUAACAGAAGCCCCAGAAAGGAGGAUUGCUCGGGCAGCCUUGGAGAGCCUGUAGAUUCUUCUCGUACAAAUCUCAAAGCAGUCAAUGAGAAGGAGAUUGGUGUGAAGUUCAUAGUAGAAGAGACUCUUCUAGGGCCUGCUUCUGGCAAGACUUUAAAAGAAGGAAGCACUAGUGGUGAUGGAAGUGGUCCAGAAAGCCCAAGUAGGGGACACAUGAAAGAUAUGGCGAAGAGCAUUCUAAAACAUGCAGGAAAAGGAGCUCGCAACAUACGGCAUGUGCUUUCGCGGAAAGGGUCAACAAAAUUUCGAGAUGAUACCUCCAACGUUACAGUAGAAGACAUCUACGCCGAAUCUGACUCCUCAGAUGACGAAUCUCUUUCAUCCCCUCGAGUUGAGAGUAUACCUGUUGUCUCCAAUCCCAUAUCAUCCUCCUGCUGUGGUAGUAACGGUUCUUGUGAUCACAAGGAGCAUACUGUUGAGAGAGAUGCGGGUGAGCCUGUAACUAAGGCAGAUGACAUCCAUCAUGAAAAUCUAGAAAGCCAGGAUCGUGAAAAGUUGAGCGACACUGACAGAAAUGGUAAUGGACUGGUUGAGUCUUCGAGUCCGAAGCUUCCUGAAGGGAAUGUAGAAGUAGAGAAGGGGUAGAAAGUCUUGAAAUCAUAGCAGAAACGAUAUGAUGGUGGAAGUGAAUUUAGUUCCAGUAGUAUAAACAUAAAAAAGUUUGAUAGUAGCUGUGGACAAACACAAUGCAGCUUGCUUUGCUGGGUCAUGUUUAUUGAUUUUGUAUGUAAUGUUGUUUGUACUUACACGUACUGACUGUACAAUGUCUUUCUUCAAAUAUAUUGUAUGCUGUAUGCAUGCCAUUCUUAUGCUAUGUACUGGCAUGUUUCAGCCUUGUGCAUGUUGAUAAAAAAAUCUUUUCUGCUA